AUGAAUCCCAGUCCGUCCGGCAACAAUCCCGCGAACGGGCUCCCGAACCUUCCGAUUCGAUUCACCCACGAUUCACCCCUUACGUCUGCCUCUGCGCCUUCAAGUGUGGCCAAGUCCGCGAGCAAGAAGGCCUCGGGUCGUCAGAUCACCCGGAACCGCGCCAGCUACAGUUGUCACACAUGUCGGAGACGGAAGGUGAAAUGUGACAAGGUUCACCCGAUUUGCGGGAAUUGUGUGAAAAACGGAACCGAGUGUAUCUACGACCCGACAUCGCACAAGGAUGAAGGUCGGGAAAAGGACGGACAUGGCGUGAAACGGAGACGGGAAGCUUCGCGGCCCAUGGAAGAUGACUUUGAGGAUCUGCAGUCGAUGUAUGGCCGUUUAAGCCAGGCCGGACCGUCUGAACAGAAGUCUAUUGAGGAGAGACUGGAUAAGCUCACGUCGAUGAUAGAAAGACUCAGCAAGACACCGCAGCCACUAGACCCGGCGGAGCAACAGCUUCUGGCUCAGAAUGCACAUGGGGCAACUAGACCAGAACUUCGUGGUAUCGAUGGGUAUUCGACCCCGGAUAGUCCUCGCCGCACGACCGAUUCCAGUAGCGACGAGUUUCCCAUACCGGCUGGUCAUGCGACCGACUUGGUGGACCCAGUUGGAUCACUGAACCUGGGUCAUUUAAGCCUCGAGGAUGGAAGAUCACGAUAUGUCGGUACCACGUUCUGGGCUUACAUUUCGCAUGAGGUAUGA